AUGGGGGCGGAGUCGGCAGCGGCGUCUCGCACCAUUUUGCUGGUACAGCCUACCAAGAGGCCAGAAGGCAGAACUUAUGCUGACUGUGAAUCUGUGAAUAAACCCAUGGAAGGUAUUUGUAAAAUGUGUGAAGAACAUCUGAAGAGAAUGGAUCCCGACAGCCCCUCUGUCAUGUAUGAUAUCAGUCAGUUGUUUGAUUUUAGUGAUGACCUGGCAGACCUCAGCUGCCUUGUUCACAGAGCUGAUACCCAGACAUACCAGCCUUAUAACAAAGACUGGAUUAAAGAGAAGACCUUCGUGCCCCCUCGUCACAGGCCCAACAGGCUGGGAAAUAGCUGA